GUGUUCUAUUUAUAUUUCAUUCCUAUCACAAUGCCUCGAGAAAUCAAAGAAAUCAAAGAUUUUCUUUUAAAAGCUAGAAGGAAAGAUGCAAAAUCUGUGAAAAUCAAGAAAAAUGCCGACAACGUUAAAUUCAAGGUUCGAUGUUCACGAUUCUUAUAUACUCUUGUUAUUACAGACAAAGAAAAGGCAGAAAAAUUGAAACAAUCAUUACCUCCAGGCCUUCAAGUAAAAGAAGUAAAAAGAAGUGAACGUAUGUAAUUGAUAGAAUAAACUAACUUUUUAACAUA